GCUCAUCCAUCCAACGAGGCUUUCGUUUCCCCACAAGGGGGAGCAGUUCUUGAAUUACUUUGCUACACUGUUGUUUGCUUUCAUUUUCUUACUUUCACCAUCUCUCAAGGUGCUUUUGCUUUAGCUUUACUUCGAGUACGACCGAGCACCACCAGCAGACCUUGUUCUUUCUGCCAUCCACUGCCAGAGAAGACCAAUUAAUCAACUAUGCCCCAACCACCCAUCCUCCCCUCCCUCUUCCCUCGCGAACCAGCUACAUCCUCCACCGCUUCCUCCUCUUCCUCUUCCAUUUCCCUCCCCUCCCUCCUCUCCAUCCUCCUCCCUUUACUCAUGCUUCUCCUGGCUAUCAUCACUCUAGGAGUGUACAAAUACGUAGGAUGGAGACGAGGUAAGAAAUUGGAUGAAGCAGUGGAAAAGCAUGCGAGGGAGGUGGAGCAGAGGCGAAAGUUGGCGAAAAUUAGGUAUGUGUAUGGUACGCCUGGCAUGUACGGCAGUGGGUGUGAUGCAGAUGGGAGAAUGGACGGUCCACCGGUCGGAUGGUGUACUCAAAAGUGGCUUGAAGCCGCCGACGCGAGACGGUCAUUCAUCAGUCUUUCCUCUCUGUCAGCAUCUUCGUCGCGUCCCUCUUCUUUGGUUGACAUUGGAAACAAAAUCACCACUGAACCAAAGGGUGAGAUCAAAGGGCAGGGAUCAGACCAGAAACGCUAUUCGCAACUGUAUCAACAACUUCAAAGCUAUCGUCCAAGACUUCAUACCACGGGAGGCUCUCCAUCGUACCAUGCCCUCCCGUCGCGCACUGAUGAAAUCCCCCUAAGCCCGGAUCAGUAUGAUCAUACAACUCCUAACCCAUCUUUCCAACCUUCCUCCUGCCCUCCUGCCAAAGAAACCCCUACCACCCCACCUCAAUCCCAACCUCAAAGUACUGCUGCUACCACUGUCAUGGCCGCACCUUACCCGUCUCCCCCCUCUCUUCCAUUGCCUGCUUUUGGGCUUGGCGACGAUUCCCGUAUCGAAUUUGAAGAUGCCAUGCCUUCUCUCACCUUUGCUUUGAAACCUACAGCUCCAAUAAGAAGAUUUGAGCAGAGGACGUCGCCUUUGAAGAGACAGUUCAAGAUGGAAUCAGUUGGGGAUGGUCGAAGUAAGAAAGAAUUGAUAAGAGGCAGAUUAUUUGAGGAGAAGUCUAGCCUUGGAUUGAGCGGAAUUGAGAAACAGACCAGUACCUCCACCUUUAACACCGGUAUCACGCCCAUCGAAGACGAUUUUCAUACCUCGUUGAUCCACGGACCCGGCAUUUCCGAUCAGAGUGAUCAUUUGGAGUUUACAGAUGCUGAUAGCUCUGUGACGACCCGAUAAUAGGGAUGAUAAGAGAGUUGGGGAUGAGGCACGGGUGCGUUUUGUCCAAGUCCGGUAUGGGAGGAAGGAAAUGUCUAGGGUGUCUUGUGGAUACACGCAUGCAUGUAGC